AUGAUGCUUUUUCCUUGCUUAAUUUCAAUGAAAUAGCACGAUGUUCGUGUCAACAAUAACUGGAUAUUUAAUAGUAAAGUUUAAUGAAUUUUUUCAUUUUUUAUUUUCAAUUAUGUUUAGAGCUGCAUCGUGAAGAUCGGUUAAAGCUCAAAAUGUAUAAAAGAGAACGAAUUUGAAAGCAAAUUCACAAAAGUUUCUAAUUUGUACAUCAGGAUGAAAAUCAUUUUCGUUUGGGCUGCUUUAAUUUUCGUGAGUUUGGAAGGAGUUCGAGCUGGAGAGCCAGAACCAGCAGGGCCUUGUGUCCAACCAAUUGAUGAAGGAGAUGAACCAUGCGAUAAUACUGCUACCUUUAAAUGGUUCUAUGUCAAAGCAAUAAAUGAUUGCGUACGAUUAGUCUACUCGGGAUGUGGAGGAAACGAAAACAGAUUUCCUUCACAAACUGUAUGUUCGAUGCGUUGUGUACAACGUUAAUUCAUAUCUUAUUGAACUUCUUUCGAUGACAUUUUUCACAAUCCUACCAAAUUUUACUAAAUUUUAAUUGUUGAAUUCCAUUAUGUAAAAAAUGUAAAUCAAUAAAAGUUGAAAAAUAUGAAUACGAAUAAAAAUAA